AUGGAUGCGGCAAGUAGAUAUGUCAUGUUCUUAGCGGUCUCGUCGAUCACUUCAAAGGCCAUCACUGAUACCAUCGACAAUCAAGUGUUCGGCUUGGUAGGAUCACCACUAUGCUUUGUGGCCGAUAACGGUACAUCCGUCCAAUCGGUGCACUUCCGUGGUUGGGCUGCGUCAUGGGGUAUCCAAGUGAGGUAUGUUCCAGUCUACUCGCCCAAUCGCAAUGGAGCUUUGGAGAGGCAACACGGGGUACUGAAGCAAGUUCUCAAAGCCAUGUGCAAAGGCAAUACUGAUCGCUGGCCUUCCUUCCUUGCUCUUGCUCAGAAGCGUUGCAACAAUCGCCUCCUCGAUGAUAGUUGUGAAUAUACUCCUCAGCAACUCUUCAUGGGUUCUUCUGAUGCCAGCUCCCUAGGUCGACGGUUCGAGGAUAUUUCCAACACUAUCACUACUGAUACGGUUAAGUUCGAAGCUGAGCGUCGAUUCUCUCGCCGUGAAGCUAUGAUCAAGGAAGUUCAUGACGCUAUGGAAGAAGCUGAGGCCAAGGUCAUGCUGAAGUUUGGUGAUCGCCUGUCGCGUCGUCGCACUUUUAAGGUUGGGCAGAAGGUGCUCAAGUGGAUCGACAACAAGUCUAAUGGUGUGCUUCAACCUAACUGGACAGGCCCUCUCACUAUCAAGGAGGUUCUCGGUACUGCUACUUAUCGUCUUAGUGAUGACACUGUUCACGCUGACCGAAACCUCUGUCUAUACUAUCAAUGA